CCUCUGGGAUACCGCAGCAUGACCGCCGGAAGCCGGGCUCGGUGGCUCUCGCUGGUGGCCCUUUGCUGGGCUCUGGCGUCGAGGGGCGCGACCGGCUCGGCUUGCGCUCCGUGCAAGCCGGACCUCUGCGCGUUUGUGCAGUGCGCCGUGCCGGAGCUGACGGCCCGGGACGAGUGCGGCUGCUGCGAGCGUUGCCUCGGCGCGGAGGGGGAACGCUGUGGCGGGACGCAGGGCGCUCGUUGUGGCCCUGGGUUGGUGUGCGUGAGCCAACGCCAGGCAGAAGCGCCCGAAGUCGACGCCGACGCCGAAGAGGGAACCGGCCGUUGCGUCUGCAAGGAGGACGGCGCCGUCUGCGGCUCCGACGGCCGGUCCUACAGUAGCGUGUGCGCUCUGCACCUGCACAGCUGGCGCGCGGUCCUCGACGGCCGCGAGCGCGUCCGGAAGGCCCACGACGGCGAGUGCAAACUUGCUCCUGCUAUAGUUGUGCCACCAAAAAGGAUUCACAAUGUAACUGGAGCCCAGGUCUAUUUGUCCUGUGAGGUGAAAGCUGUUCCAACACCAAUCAUCACUUGGAAGAAAGUCACGGAGUCCCCCAAGGGAGUUAGGCUCUUAGAAGAAUUGCCUGGAGACAGAGUUAACAUGGCUGUUCAGGUUCGAGGUGGUCCCUCUAAGCAUGAGAGCACAGGCUGGGUUUUGAUUAAUCCUCUGACAAAAGAUGAUGAAGGUGUUUAUCAGUGUCAUGCCACAAACAUGGUGGGAGAAAUGCAGGCAGAGGGGACUAUUAAAGUCCUGCACCAAAGUAAAAAUAAGAAGGAUCACUUCCCAGCAUCAGAAGACGUGAAGUAGCAAGACCUCCUCCAGUGGGAUCGGAAUUGAACACAAUCUAGACACCAAUGGAUGGAUUAGUGAUUGCUUUCUUACUUUCUGAAGACUAGAAGACACUAUCUCAAUCUUUUCUUGAGUAAUGGUGAUAUUUGUACCCCCUUUUUAGUGUUUGAUGAAUAUUGAACAUGUAGUUAGUAUGGAACGAAGACAUAAUAAAAGCAUGUUUUUUUAAAAAAAUGUUUUUAUUGGCACGCUCAAGUACAUCUAGAAAACAUUACAACUUACUACACAAAUUAACUGGCAAAAUAGUAAUUACUGCAUUCAAGGCCAUUUAAAAUUGAGACAUGGACAAAAUAUUCAUUUGAGCUCUCCCUUCACGAAGCAAUCAAUUCUCCAUCAUUUUUGUCCAUAAAACUAAAUGGCCUACUAAAUGAGAAAUAGCAAAAACAAUAUUGUAUUUUAAUGCAUUAGUUUAACCACUUGAAUGAAAUUUGCGAAGGUUUAUAUUCACCUUUCUUCCAAGACCCUUAUAAUGAACUUCCCUUCAUUACAUAAUCACCACAACCCUGUAUGGUAGAUUGAACGAAGAGCUGGCUCAAAGUCAUCCAUUGAGUUUUCAUGGCUUGGGUGGAAUUAAAUCUUGUCUUCACUGUGAUAGCCCAACAGUUCAAACAAUACACUGGCACAUUACAAAUUCUGAACUGGAUUCUGAAUAGAACUCCUGUCCUAUAAAACCUAGAACAUGUGUCAAUAUAAUACACACAUGCACACUCCUCCAGAACGCUAUAGGGUCUCCUGCUUGUGUAGGGUGGCUGAACUAGAAGACUCCAAGAUCUUUCAACUCUGUUAUACCUUUACUCUUACGUCUUUAAAAGUG